AUGGAGGGCUAUCCAAGUGAGCGCUCACCGGGUGCUCUGCUGCAACAAGCGGGGAAAGGCUCCGCUAAGGAGACACUGAGGCGGAUAUUCUCUAAAAGAAACAUCAAGCCGACAUCGCUGCAGAACAACGCCGCUACCCCCAACGCUAUCCAGAGCGGUAGGCUGCCGAUCGCUAUUAGUAGCUUGGACGCCCCAGACAGCCCUGUGCUGCCCUCGGCCUCGGCUGCAGAUCCAGCCCCUCAUGCCCGAAAACCGUUAUUAACGGAUCAGAACCUGGACGAAGGUCCUCUGAUUUCGGAAUCCACCACUUUCGACGGCGGCAACGUCGCGCCGCUGCGACGGUUCAUCGCGCUGCAAGGAGGACAUGAGCAUCAUCUCGAGCCAAGGCUGCGCCAAGAGACCCUGUUAGGUUUAUGGAAGAAGCUACUGAGCAAGGACCAGCCGUCGGAGUUGUUGGCGAAGUACGGCAAGUGCCGCGAAGAGGUGGGAUAUGGGACGUCCGGCAUCGUGCGCAUCACGCACAAGAAAAAGGAGAGUGGGACUGGCGAAGACCUAUACGCGGUGAAGGAAUUCCAGCGUCGGUCAAGGGAGGCGGAGGAUAAGUAUAUCAGGCGCUUGACGGCUGAGUUCUGCAUUGUCAGCGAGCUGCGCCAUCCCAAUGUGAUACGCACGCUUGAACUACUGACGGAUGCGAAGGGGAACUAUUGCCAGGUGAUGGAGUACUGCGAGGGUGGUGACCUGUUCACGCUAGUGCACUCGGCGCGGAAGCUAGAGAUUCAGGAGGCGGACUGCUUCUUUAAGCAGAUGAUGCGCGGUGUUGAGUAUAUGCAUGAGAUGGGUGUAGUGCACCGUGAUCUCAAACCUGAAAAUUUGCUGCUUACUAGGAAUGGCGGACUCAAGAUCAGUGAUUUCGGCAACAGCGACUGCUUUCGUAUGGCAUGGGAGAACGACGUCCAUAUGGUGUCUGGGCUAUGCGGUUCAGGGCCAUAUAUAGCUCCAGAAGUGUAUAUGGACCAGGAGUACGAUGGCCGAGCAGUCGAUGUCUGGGCAUGCGGUGUCGUUUACAUGGCAAUGCGUACGGGUAGUUUCCUCUGGCAAAAAGCAGAGAAAGAUGAAGAUGAGCUAUUUGCACAAUACCUCGAGGAUCGUCGUCAGGAGGAGGGAUUCAGCCAGAUUGAGUCGUUAAGCUCAUUAAGCUGUCGGAAUACCAUCUACUGCAUGUUAGAUCCGACUCCAUCUCGCCGUAUCACGGCAUCACAAGUCUUGCGGUCCGAAUGGGGUCGAGGAAUACAACUCUGCCAGGCGGCCUGCUAGCGCCAGUAUAA